AUGUCCAAGAAAUUAUACUACUUUAAUAUCAAUGGACUUGCUGAAUCAAUAAGGUACAUUCUUCAUUACGGUGGUCAUGACUUCGAAGAUAUAAGAUACGAUCGCUCUAAAUGGCCUAUUCAAAGUGUGAUAGACACACUUCCAUACGGCCAGGUCCCCCUUUAUGAAGAAAAUGGAAAGAAAUUGAACCAAUCUUUGGCUAUUGCUCGUUAUGUAGCCAGUCAAUCGGGACUACUACCUUCAGGCUUGUGGGAGCAGGCUGUUUUAGAUGCAGCUGUACACAAUAUUUAUGACUUCUGGAAUAAGAACAAUAUCAGGGAAUACAUGUAUGCGGAUGCUGAACGGAAAGCUGCUAUGAAGAAGCAAGUUUUAGAGGAGCUCGUGCCCUUUUACUUUUCUAGAUUUGAAAACGAACUCAAGUCUAACAAUGGACAUUUUGGUGGAAAGUUGACAUGGGCCGACUUUAUUUUUGUCGGUAUCAUCGAGACAGCGAAUCUCUUCUACAGCGAAAACAUCGAAAAUAACUAUCCCACAGUCGCUUCUCUAGUCAAGACUGUUCAAAAUCUACCCAGAGUUAAAGAAUACAUAUCUAAACGAGGUCCUUACGGAAUAUAA